AUGGACGCCAAUCAGGAAGCGAUCGCAAAAAAGGCUGUGAAGGCACUUAAAGCACGCAUCGAAGUCGUCAAUCGACACUUGGAGCCACUCUUGUCAGCACCAUUAAGCGAGACCUAUGGCAAACUACCCGUCAACGAAAAGGCUCAGCUCCAAGUACUGCUGUCGUAUACCAUCAACUCGCUUUUUUACAUGUAUCUCAAAACACAAGGUGUCUUUCCUCAAGAACAUCCCGUAGCAACUGAGUUGGCACGGAUAAGAACAUACAUUGAAAAGAUCAAAAAGGCAGAAGGAAAAGGACCUAAACCGUCUAUGCAAGUGGACAAGGGUGCUGCGGCACGGUUUAUCAAGGCAGCAUUAGCUGAUGAUCAAGAGGAAGAAGAAAAUGCUGGUACUAAGCGUAAGGCAACAAACGAAGUGGAAGAGGAAUCAUCAAGGGUGGAAGCAGUACAAAAUAGCAAACAACAAAACAAGAAACGAGCACGAAUGGAUCCUUUUGCCGGUAUGUAA